CGCGCCGAACAAACAACAUCGCGCCAACCCGGCUACAAGAAGUUACACGGCUUGUUUCACAAGAAUAUUGUUUUGUGACGUUGUUUUGUGCAUGAAAUUGUAGAAAAAAUGCUCCAAUUCGAACGCAGAUCAAUCGUAAAUGGAACCUCUAUGAAGAGACAUGUCGGCCAACCCGUCAGUAUUCAUUUGAAGGUGGAUCGUGCCGAAGAUGGUUGCAAGUCGUUCAGCGGCAAAACGUCGGACGGUGUAAAUGUUCAAGUGAUGCUAAUGGAACCACUGAAUGGCGUUUGCACAGGAUGGGUAGAAAUAAUUGGCGUUGCUGGUCCGAACGACUCAAUUCGCGGCAAACAGAUUAUCACAUACUCUAACGUAAACGGAGUUAAAACGGAGGACUUCGAUGUGGACGGACACAACAUGCUUUGCACAUUGCUGUCGGUGUGUAAGGAACCAUUUUACUUGGGUCCACAAAUAUAAUUGUUUGGAGAA